UCCGCUAGCAUUAUAUUUGACAAAUUGAAUGAAAUGAAAGCACGAAAUCACAAAAUGGGCUAUCCUAGCAAAGGUUUUAUUGUGGAUUAAUUUCUAUAGAGUCGUCGUGAAUAUUGUGAUCGUAGCGUUGCGAUGAAAUAAAACCGAUUACGAAGUGAUAUGAUAAUGUGUUGUGCGACUUUAUUUCACGAAAGCCUAGUGUAGUGCAAUAGAAACAUGAUAACAAAAAUGCAACCACAAGCGAAUGUUGCCGUGCCUGUGCCACAAUCUGUCACGACGCAGCCUCAACAAAUAGUCGGUGUUACAGCAAAUGCGGUGAUCUUGAAAAUGUCGGAAAUCCAACAGCUAUCCACCGUUGGGCUGCUGGAACUCGCGCACAGGGAAUAUCAAGCUGGUGAUUAUGAUAGUGCAGAAUUGCAUUGUAUGCAACUAUGGCGUCAGGAUGGCACAAACACGGGAGUUUUGCUCUUACUCUCGUCUAUACACUUCCAAUGUCGGAGGUUAGACAAAUCUGCACAUUUCUCCACACUCGCUAUCAAACAGAAUCCUCUGUUGGCUGAAGCUUACAGUAACCUGGGUAAUGUAUACAAAGAAAGGGGACAGUUACAAGAGGCCCUUGAGAACUACCGCCACGCUGUGAGGCUAAAGCCAGACUUCAUUGAUGGUUAUAUCAACCUGGCAGCUGCACUAGUAGCUGCCGGGGACAUGGAACAGGCUGUGCAGGCCUACGUCACAGCUUUGCAGUAUAACCCUGAUCUUUACUGCGUUCGAAGUGACUUGGGCAAUUUGCUCAAGGCCCUGGGACGCUUGGACGAGGCGAAGGCUUGUUACUUGAAGGCCAUCGAAACGAGGCCUGACUUUGCAGUGGCAUGGAGUAACUUAGGAUGCGUUUUUAACGCUCAGAGUGAAAUCUGGUUGGCCAUUCACCAUUUUGAAAAGGCCGUGGCCUUGGAUCCCAAUUUCUUGGAUGCCUACAUCAAUCUUGGAAAUGUGCUGAAGGAGGCUAGAAUUUUCGACAGGGCAGUAGCAGCUUACUUACGCGCUUUGAACUUGUCGCCCAAUAAUGCGGUCGUUCACGGCAACUUGGCUUGCGUAUAUUACGAGCAAGGACUCAUUGAUCUGGCUAUUGACACAUACAGACGAGCGAUCGAGCUCCAACCCAAUUUCCCAGACGCGUACUGCAACUUAGCUAAUGCACUCAAAGAAAAGGGUCAAGUGUCUGAUGCUGAGGAAUGUUACAACACUGCACUAAGACUGUGCCCAUCGCACGCCGAUUCUUUAAACAAUCUCGCGAAUAUAAAACGUGAGCAAGGAUACAUAGAAGAGGCUACCCGUCUUUACUUGAAAGCAUUAGAAGUAUUCCCAGAGUUCGCGGCAGCACAUAGCAAUUUGGCUUCAGUUUUACAGCAGCAAGGAAAACUAAACGAGGCACUCAUGCAUUACAAAGAGGCGAUACGUAUUCAGCCAACUUUCGCCGAUGCAUACAGUAACAUGGGUAAUACGCUCAAAGAAAUGCAAGAUGUGGCCGGUGCCUUGCAGUGUUAUACAAGAGCAAUCCAAAUCAACCCAGCCUUUGCUGAUGCACAUAGCAACCUCGCAAGCAUCCACAAAGAUUCUGGAAACAUCCCAGAAGCGAUUCAGUCAUAUAGAACAGCGUUGAAGCUUAAACCAGACUUCCCCGAUGCGUACUGCAACUUGGCUCAUUGCCUUCAGAUUGUCUGUGAUUGGACCGAUUACGAGGCGCGAAUGAAGAAAUUGGUCAGCAUUGUGGCUGAACAAUUGGAUAAAAACAGAUUACCAUCGGUUCAUCCUCACCAUUCCAUGCUGUAUCCACUCACGCAUGAGUUUAGAAAGGCUAUCGCCGCCCGACAUGCUAACCUUUGCUUGGAAAAGGUGCAAGUCCUUCACAAGCCGUUAUAUAAAUUCCCGAGAGAUUUACAAGGCCGUUUGCGAGUCGGAUACGUAAGCAGCGAUUUCGGGAACCAUCCGACGUCUCAUUUAAUGCAAUCUGUGCCAGGAUUACACGAUCGUACUAAAGUUGAAAUUUUCUGCUACGCCUUGAGUCCCGAUGACGGCACAACAUUCCGGUCCAAAAUCGCAAGGGAAGCCGAGCAUUUUAUUGACUUAUCUCAAGUGCCUUGCAAUGGAAAGGCUGCUGAUAAAAUUCACGCAGACGGGAUUAAUAUCUUAGUAAACAUGAAUGGGUACACUAAAGGUGCGAGGAACGAGAUAUUUGCGUUAAGACCGGCUCCUGUUCAAGUUAUGUGGUUGGGUUACCCCGGGACGAGCGGGGCGAGUUACAUGGACUAUUUGGUGACUGAUGCUGUGACGUCACCUGUCGAAUUGGCCAGUCAGUACAGCGAAAAACUCGCGUACAUGCCUCAUACGUACUUCGUUGGGGAUCACAGGCAAAUGUUCCCGCAUUUGCAAGAGAGGUUGAUACUGAGCGAUAAGAUAAAGUCGCACAACAGUUUGGGCGGUUUGGCCGAUAAUGUAGCGGUCAUCAAUGCGACGGAUUUGUCACCUCUAGUGGAGCACACGGAUAUAAAGGAGAUAAAGGAAAUAGUGCGUGCGGCGCGGCCGGUAGAGAUUUCGUUGAAGGUCGCAGAGCUGCCCACUACUACGCCUAUCGAGACUAUGAUUGCAUCGGGACAAGUACAGACAACAGUAAAUGGAGUAAUUCUGCAAAACGGUCUAGCAACAACACAGACUAACAACAAAGCGGCCACAGGAGAAGAGGUCCCACAGUCUAUCGUUAUAACCACCCGCCAGCAGUACGGCUUACCCGACGACGCUGUGGUGUAUUGCAACUUUAACCAGCUGUAUAAGAUUGAUCCGUUGACUCUUCACAUGUGGGUGUAUAUCCUGAAGCAUGUGCCUAAUAGUGUGUUGUGGCUGUUGAGGUUCCCUGCUGUUGGUGAACCUAAUUUGCAAGCAACUGCACAACAGUUGGGCUUACCCCCCGGCCGUAUAAUCUUCUCCAACGUGGCAGCGAAGGAGGAGCACGUAAGGCGUGGUCAACUGGCCGACGUGUGUCUGGACACACCUCUGUGCAACGGCCACACCACCAGUAUGGACAUACUGUGGACUGGCACACCGGUCGUCACUUUGCCCGGAGAGACUUUGGCCUCACGUGUGGCUGCAUCCCAACUGAACACUCUUGGGUGUCCUGAACUCAUUGCAAGGACGAGGCAGGAAUAUCAAGACAUAGCUGUAAGAUUAGGAACCGAUAGGGAAUAUCUCAAAGCGAUCCGCGCGAAAGUAUGGACGGCUCGCAUGGAGAGUCCCCUAUUCGACUGCAAGGCGUACGCCACCGGCUUGGAAAUGCUGUACAACAAGAUGUGGGCGCGGUACGCGCGCAACGAGCGCCCCGACCACAUACAGGCCGCGGACAAGUAGACCGAGGCCCAGGGCGACUGGACGUCCAAGAAACGCCGGUGGUGCUAAGUGACUAGUGAAGUGACAAACUAUGUGACGAGUGCGUAUUCUGUGACGUUUUGACAUUAAAUCCUACAAAAACCGAAAGUGACAUUGGCGAAGUGUAUUGCGUGGCACUACUAAAUGCCAUUAAACUAAAUAAGAAGAACCGAAAGUGUACUUGUGCGCGUCAAGACGUAAUAGCGUCGCAUUCUUUAUUCUAUCCACUGAAAGAGUAAAGCGCUAUCUCUGUCACGUAAUUCCAUACAAAUGAUAGAGACAUAAAUCAAAAUGUUUAACACCUACUGAGAUUUUUGAAAUUGUGAUGAUGGAUAUAAAAUUGACAUAAGCACAGUGCAAAGACUUGCCUGGAAAUGGUGGAUACACUACUGUUAUUUAUAAAAAUACUAUUUGUCGAUGAAUUUUCUUUACUUUUAGAUUGGCCUUGAUGUAACAGCUCUUUUGUUAGAGCUUGUUGUCGGUCUUUGAUUAGAAUAGAUUCUAGUCAUAAGAUUCUUUAGAUCUUAAUUGCAUUGAAGCUAUAUUGUAAUCAAUGGGGUAAAAAUAAAAUUAAACAAUAGUAAUUGUCACUCUGACCAAAAUAAUCUUUAUGCUUUUUAAAGCAGACUCAAUGAGCUAAGGUUAUAAAACUAGCCGAAGCCUGGCAUGCAUUGCAAUUUAACUUGCGCGCCUUUGACGAUACUGUGUCAGUAACCUUCUCGUAAGUGACAACAACAACUGUUCAAUGCAUAAACUCAAUCAGAUGAAUGAUGCGUGAACGCAUAAGUUAUGAGCAAUUCAAUUAUGAGUUAAGAAGUGACUGCAAAUUGUUAAGCUGACCAAAGCUGGCUACUGGGAUGACCAUAAAUAAUGCUAGAGUGACAAAAAUUAUUUACUACUUGAUAUGAACUGUGUGUAGCUAAUUAUUAUUAUAUUUAGCAAUAACUAAUUUAUUUCCGGAUGGCAUAGUUUAUGUGGCCUUAUUGCAUGAUGCUGCAAUAAUUAGCUCUUAACUAUAUGUGCAUUAAAAUUUCGAAUUAUGGCCAAGUAGGUGAUAGCAGCCAGGCCGUCAUAUUCUAAUUAAUUUAUAUAAAGACUAUAGAUCGUAAUUAAUAUCAAUCAAUCUAUAUGAAGUUUGUCGAUAAGAGCUGAUUUUUUGAUUGCUGGAUAAACUUUAACUCAUGAAUUAAUUUGAGGUGUUGACAGAUUUCCCAUACAAUAACUGUUAAAACCUCAAAAUUAUCCCUUAGAUAAAAGUAUUUGACGAUUGAAAAAUCGGCCCUACGCAAUGUUAAUAUUUGUCAAAAACACACGAUUUUUGACAAAUAAUAAUGUUGCUGAGUAUGUUCGAAUAUCUUUUGAGUUUCGCUAAGGUUUGGAACGCCCUUCCGGCGUCGGUGCCGCGUGUGAAUAUAAUGCAAUCUUCUAGGCAAGCGUGCUCCAACAUUCAUCAUUGCUUUCCUAAAAGCAUGAUUGUCGUCAAGCGUCAUAUCCUGCAAUAAAAAAAUAACCUUGUUACAGAUUACAGAUAGAUUGAUGAUUAAUUUCGAGCGUUCAGGAGAUCGUGUAUCGAAAUUGGUAUAAAUUUUUUAUCCAGUGAUGUGUAACUAAUAGGUUAUAACAAAAAGUAAACAUUGGUGUAUUUCAUGGAAGUAUGGAGACGAUAUUCUUUGUUAUAUCAAGUCAUGUUAUGUAAUUAUACAGGAUGUUUUAUUUAUCUGUGGGACAAUGUAACGAAUUUUCAAAAAAAAUGUACGAUUUUUUAACACGUAUUUAAAAUAUACUAUUUGAAAUAUACUAAAAAACUAUAUGCGCGAUAUUUUAACUACUUAAAAAAACGCUAGGUAUUACGUUUACGUUAUUAUUUUGCAAAACUUAUCAAUAUUUCCAAAAAAACAAGUCAUUAAGUAUCGCAUAAAGUUGCCUAAAGCCCUAAAAUCUUUCAAGGGUCAUCAUUUUCAAAAUAAAUAUAAUUUUACCGAGUUGUCUGAAUUUCCUUUACCGUAAGUAAAAUGCACUGAAACGUGAUUUGAUGCAGCGCGUUUGAUGUGAAUCGUACUUAAUCAACGUAAUAGUCGGGCUACACUAACGCCGAUACGCCAUUGAUUAUCGCGAUAAUGGACAUUAACCGUAGGUAUAGCCGCAACUUAUCGCGUUAAUUGGACUACGGCAUUCACAUUGUUACGUUUAUAUGGAGAAGCGAAUAAGAAGUGUAACUUUAAGAUGCGUUUCUGAAUACAGCUUGAAUGAAAGAGAUGAAUUAUACAACUAAUUCAUGCUUAGCCAGAUCAGUCAUUAAUCCCAUAGAAAAAUGAGACAGCCCUGUAUAAGAAAUGUAUUAUACCAGCUGAUACAAAGCAUCUGAGGCUGAGUAAAAAGUUACACAAACAAUAACUAUGAAAUAAGAAACGCGAGUGUAUUACAUUUAUUAGUUCCUUGUUAAGAUUUAUCCAUCUAUUUGUACGAAGUAAGAGGCGAUGGUGGGAGCGUUUAUUCGGCCGCACAUUGGUCUUUUAAACUUUUUAUUUCGCGAGUUUAGGUAAGAAUCAGUCUGCGCAUAAGUAUGUAUAUCUAUGACUGUAGUACUGAUCUUACUGUAAAGGUGGAUCCACACCUCACGCACUCACGCGUAGGAGCCGUGCACACAACGCACAUUGAACGCCUACGGAUGUGUUACUCUCUGCGAACGUGCAUGUGGCGAAAGCAUAUAAUUAUCAUGUUUGUACUCCCAAAAACUCACGAACAUAUCUACACCCUGACUUGUACGACACGCACGCGAACCACUCGUAAACACGCCCGCAUUAUGUUCUUAUAAUGCGCGUUGUGUGCAAGGUUCGUGCGCGUUCGAUGGUGUGGAUCAGCAUUUAGAUCAGUACUACAAUCAAUAAUAAUCAUAUCCUGAGGCGAAGAGUUAUACCCUCCAUUGGUCGCCCACUUUUUAUAUGAAACUGUAUACCUAUUUAAUUAAUAUUAACUAAUUAUACUUUGUGAUUAUAGAAUAAAUUUAUGAGUGUCACUAAGUAUGAUAAACAAGUUGUAGAUAUUAUUAGCUAUACAUGAAAAUUAAAUUGAAACAUGUAAUACUAUUUUAGCUAUUUCUAUUAUUAUUAGAUAAUGGUACAUAAUAUUUAUUAAUAUGUGAAAAAUAAAAAGCAAUUGAAUGAAUUAAAAUGGAUGGUGAAGUGAUAAGUCUAUGUGGAAACAUACUGAUAAAAUGUGAAGCGAGUCGACGAUGCUACGUUGAGUCGAGUAUUUAUGUGAUUCUGGUCAUAAAAUUUACGAUUUAAUUCAAAAUUUAGCACGUGGCGUUAAUUUAAGCCGCGUCGCGUAUUGAAAGUAUGUUUCCGUACUUAUUCUCCGCCACGUUGAGUUCGUUUUAUCCAAGUUCAAAAUUGGGCAUUUAGAGACUAAGACCGUAGGACAAUAAUUUAAACACUUUAAAGGUGCAUACACAUUACUGUGUUUAAGUUUGUCGUGAGUGUCGUCGCGACAGAAUGCCAUUAGAGUCAUACGUUUUAUAUUAUGCAGAGACCCUCUGGCGAACUGAAUCUAGAGGCGCGUUCUGAUUGGUUUGACGUUUCCCAGAAUGCAAUGACUACUAGCAAGACUUUUGUCGUAAUUUAACUAGAAUUACCUAUUAUAAAAUGUUUAUUGUACUAGAAUUUUUACUUAAACAACAUUUUUUGACGUUUCCAACUAUCAGAUUUUUAUCAAAAAUUUAUUGCGGAUGGCAAAAAUAAAUUGCUUAGAAUCACCAACUCAGUGUGCACAAUAGCUAGGGGUAACUUUAGAGAACAUUGUGAGUUGAUGGGUCAAUGGAAUAUUAAUGGUCUUUUUUUCUUCCUGACCUUAUCCCACGGUACGUGGGAUCGGCACAACAUGUCUUCUUCUUCCACUCUCUUCAAUGGGAUAUUAAUAGCAUAAAUAUUAUAAUCUAAGACCACCUCAUUACUCAAUAAAAUAUAUAUUUAAGUAAAUCAUAAUCUAAAACCCUUUUUUAAAGCUAUUGAUACCAAUCAAACCCACCUCUAGGUACUUAUUUUAUUUUAGUAUUAUUUACUAGUUUUAUAAUGCUUAGUUUUUACUCUACUUGCGUGCGUAGGCUUAGGUACUAAUGUCAAAACGUGUUGUUUAAUUAAAAAUUCGAUUAUAGUAGCAAAACUACAGAAACAUUUCAUUAUGACAACACUGUCUCUCUAAGCUAUAGUAGAUGUUAUGUACUUUACCUUCUUACUAGUAAUAUUCUGGAAAAUGUCAAAUCGAUCGUCCGAUUGAGAUCGUCAGAUUGAGUUGCAACACGCCAUUCCUGGACACAAUAAUCUGUCUACAGCUUAAUAACUUAUUUAGGGUGACCAUGAAUUAAUUUUAACGUUAACGUUUUCUUGCACAAUGGUUUGUUUUAACUUUUCCGAUGAAUAUCAUUAGAGUAAGGAUUGUGUAUCCAAUAUCCAAUGUUUUCAUAGGAUUCUUUGACUUUGAUUGUAAAUAUUUUAACUCUAUUUAGGUUAAAUUUAACUAGUGUUAUGUAUUAAAUAUUGCAAGUGAAA